AUGGAAAAUUACAUUGCCAACCAAACUAUCUGUUUUUUUAUGGUCAUUGCUAAGGGAGAAAUAUUACCCUCUAGUGCUAUUGUUCUUCACCGUCUUCCUCAUGUAUCUCCAGACUGCAAAUUCUGUGGUGAUCUUGAAUCACCGAAGCAUUUAUUUUUUGAAUGCCCUCGAGCAGCAGCCAUUUGGUUUAACUCUCCUUUGAACUUGCGAUCCAUAAUGUUAAUGGGGUCAUCUAUCGUGGACUGCUGGGAGGCAUUAAUGCAACCUGUGGACAAUCACCCUGAUGGUAAUGACAUUGCUCAAUUAGUGAUAGUCAUAAAUUCUGCUUUAUCUCACCAUCAAUCCUUCAAGGAGGCUCAAUUUUCAGCAGACAAUAGGAGGAUUAUUCAUACGUCUGAUCACUAUUCAUGGAUACCUCCUCCCACCAAUGUUCUCAAAGUUAAUUUUGAUGUUGCGGUAGAUGGAAAGCAUGGAAAAGGAGCCUCAGCAGCUAUUUUCACAGAUCAUUCUGGCAAAAUUAGAGACUGGUGUUGUCGGGUUCACUAUCAUCAAACUGAUCCUCUGAUAUUGGAGAGCUUAGCCUUAAGGGAAGCUGUUCAAUUUGUUGUGAUUAAAGGUUACUCCAAAGUUAUUUUUGAAGGGGAUUGCCAAACCUUAAUCAACAACAUUCACUGUCGUCAUCCUUCUACUGAUAUUGGUAAUAUUGUCCAUGAUAUUAGGGAAUUGAGCAAAAAGCUUCAGUUGGCUUCUUUUAUUGUCGUCAAGCGCUCUUGUAAUCGACUCUUCAUGAUUUGA